AUGGCGAAUAAUAAUAAACUCGCCAUGAUGAAGAAGAAUGAAACGAACAAAAACCUAGAGACACUUCUCGACAUGGAUAACACGUCGAGAAAUGGUAAUGUUGCAGUUCAACCGAGAAAUAUGAUUCCAGGCCACGGCCUAGAGUUCAAGAACCUUUCUUAUAGUAUCAUAAAGAAACAAAAAAGAGAAGGAGUUUGGAUCGACAAGCAAGCUUAUCUACUUAAUGAUAUUUCUGGUCAAGCGAUGAGAGGAGAAAUUAUGGCUAUUAUGGGGCCAAGUGGAGCUGGUAAAUCUACUUUUCUUGAUGCAUUGGCUGGAAGAAUUGCUCAAGGGAGCUUAGAGGGUUCUGUUAGAAUUGAUGGAAAACCGGUUACAACAAGCUACAUGAAGAGGGUGUCAUCUUAUGUGAUGCAAGAUGAUCAAUUGUUUCCAAUGUUGACUGUGUUUGAGACUUUCAUGUUUGCAGCUGAGGUCAGACUUCCUCCUUCCAUUUCCACACCUGAAAAGAAGAAAAGAGUCCAUGAGCUCCUUGCUCAACUUGGCUUGCAGAGUGCAACACAUACGUAUAUUGGGGAUGAAGGAAGGAGAGGUGUGUCAGGAGGAGAAAGGCGUAGGGUUUCUAUAGGAAUCGAUAUAAUUCACAAACCGUCAUUGUUGUUUCUCGACGAACCUACCUCCGGUUUGGACUCAACCAGUGCGUAUAGUGUAGUCGAAAAAGUCAAGGACAUCGCUCGAGGUGGUAGCAUUGUACUUAUGACCAUCCAUCAACCUUCUUUUCGCAUUCAAAUUCUCCUUGAUCGCAUCACUGUCCUAGCAAGAGGAAGAUUAGUAUACAUGGGAAGCCCUAACGGCCUCUCGGCCUACCUAGACGGCUUUGGUAGGCCAGUUCCAGACACUGAAAAUAACCUCGAGUAUCUUCUCGACGUGAUCAAAGAGUAUGAUGAAGCAACCAUAGGACUAGACCCCCUUGUGCUUUACCAACGUGACGGUACAAAGCCAGACCAAGCAGCCAGAACACCAGUUCCCAAACCCCCAAAAGCCUUAAGAACACCAUACAGAAGCGGUAAUUAUUCAAGUACUCACUUGGUCAAUCUUCGAAGCCAACAAGGCUUCUCUUCAUCAAACAUGACAUCUGGACCAACAAGUGCUAACAAUUUCAUGGACUACUACGACGAAGAUGAAGAUGAUGAUGAAGAUUUUAACAAAUCUUUAGAGCGUGGCCGAAGAAGGCCACCUCAGACUCCACUUCAUAGUGGAGUUUUUAGUAGUAGUUAUAAUAACCCUCCUCCUUUAGCUUCACAAUUUUAUAAAGACUUCUCUUCUUGGGUUUACAAUGGUGUUAAGGGAACUCCACGACGACCUCCGUCGUGGACCCCAGCUAGAACUCCUGGGCAAACACCUGCCCAGAGAACUUCAAGGUCUGGCUCAAGAAGCUUCGUUUCGAGUCAAUAUCCUACUCCUUACAAUCAACCAAAUAGUAACCCUAAUAAUAAUAACAACAACUCUAUAGCUAAAACCCCCUCAACAACCUUCAACUCAUCUUCAUUUGUUGAAGAGUUUGAAAUGGAAGAGUACGACGACGACGAUGAUUAUGAAGAAGAAGUACUCGAUGAGAUUGAUCUCGGACCAAAAUAUGCAAAUCCGUGGUUAAGAGAAGUGUUCAUCCUUUCAUGGAGGUCAGCAUUGAAUGUGAUUAGAACACCAGAGCUUUUUCUCUCUAGAGAGAUUGUCUUGACAGUAAUGGCCCUUAUUCUUGCGAGUCUUUUCAAGAAAUUGAAUCACGAUUCAUUUAAGGACAUAAAUAGGCUUUUGAAUUUUUACAUCUUUUCGGUUUGUCUUGUGUUCUUCUCCUCAAACGACGCCGUUCCAACGUUUAUACUCGAGCGUUUCAUCUUUAUAAGAGAGACUUCACACAAUGCUUAUAGAGCUUCGUCGUAUGUCAUCUCCUCUCUCAUAGUUUACCUACCAUUUUUCGCAAUUCAAGGAUUUACAUUUGCAGCCAUAACCACCUUCAUACUUAAGCUCAGAGCCAACCUCUUUUACUUUUGGAUCAUUCUCUAUGCUUCUCUCAUUACUACCAAUGCUUAUGUGAUGCUCGUCAGUGCUCUUGUUCCAAGUUAUAUAACAGGUUACGCAGUAGUAAUCGCAACGACAGCUCUUUUCUUCCUCACAUGCGGAUUUUUCCUUAAGCGAACGCAAAUUCCAAUCUUUUGGAGAUGGUUACACUACUUGUCAGCAAUUAAGUAUCCAUUUGAGGCGAUGUUGACCAAUGAAUUCAAAGGAACGCGUUGUUACAAUGGCCCUCUUCAAGAUCUCUCGCCAGGUCCUCUAGGAGAAAUCAAGAUAAGUGAAUUGCAUAUUCAUAACAGGACAGUGUUACAACAACCAUGCGCAUUGAUUGGAGAAGAUGUGUUAUUCUCCAUGGAUAUCGAGCAUGAAAACUUAUGGUAUGAUGUUUUGAUAUUGCUCGCUUGGGGAGUUCUCUAUCGCCUCUUGUUUUAUGUUGUCCUUAGAUUUUAUUCCAAGAAUGUCAGAAAGUAGCGAAACUAAUCUAUUUGUAUGAAAAAUAUUGGAUGGCG